AAGAACAGUACACCUCUUCAAGCCCCUCAUUGCCAUAGCCCAUAGCCAAUAAACCAUGGCUCUUUCUAAGGUUCUUGUUGCAUCCCUUCUGGUAUCUUUUGUCCUCCUCCAUAUUGCUGAUGCUGAUCAACCGGUACACGCACAGACUCAGAGUUCUCUUCUUCAGCAGAUGGAUUGUGAUGGAGCGUGUGCUGCACGAUGUCGUUUAGCAUCUCGUCAGCGCAUCUGCCACAGAGCCUGUGGAACUUGCUGUAGACGGUGCAACUGCGUACCACCAGGAACUGCCGGUAACCAAGAAGUGUGCCCCUGCUAUGCCAGCUUGACCACCCAUGGCGGAAGACGCAAGUGCCCUUAACAGUUCCAUACCAACCCAUGCAACUUAUAAAUUAUCCUUCGUUUGCAAUCGCAUAUUAUGUUAUUAUAAUAACAAGUCAACGUGGAACAAUAGCGUAUUAUGUUAUAUAAUAACGUCAUGUAAAAUAAAAUUGUGUUUUCAAUGCAUGUUGAAUCAUUGUUAGGAACUGAAGAGAGUGAAAAGGGUGAGAAUUUCAGAACAAACACCAAGAAGAAGAAGAAGAUGAAGAAGAUGAUGAAGAAGAAUUGAAUCAUUGUUAGUGUUUGGGAAUAUAAUUAUAAUAUAACGUCUUUUAAUAAUUUCUGUGUAAUAGUAUUGUUCUUUUCCUGUCUGUGAUGUGGUAGUUUUAUGCUUUCUCUUUUACGUCUAUUGUUGUAUUGUAUCAUCAAAUUGAGGAAUAUAAUAAAA